AUGUCAGGUUGCUUCCGCCGAUUAUUUCUCCUUGUCCUUGUCCCACUUGUCAAAGCCUAUGAAGUAUUCGAAACAACAUGCUCUGCUCCUAAUCCGCACUCGGAGUUUAUGUUUGUAUCGUCUCCCAACACUCGGGGUACCCUGGAAAUAUUAUGGAGUUCUUUGUUCACCAUCCUUGCCUGCACAUGGACACUGCACCACCCCGAUGUUCCGGAGCAACGUAACGAUUGCGAUCUUGGUGUAUUAGGCGAUAUUAAAUGGGCACUGAAAGCGUUUUGUAAAAGCGCGGUGAUGAUUGUCAUGACUGCUCUGGCUCCAGAACUUAUAAUAGGCGUGGCCGUUGAGGAUCUCAUGAAUGCAAUGCAGACACAACAAAUGAUGGAAGAAUAUGCUUUCAACGACCAAGUAGCCUGGUCUUUGAGACACAGCUAUUUUGCAGAGAUGGGGGGCUUUGCCAUACGCAGUAAAAAGCCGUUGGACGCCUCUGACAAGCAAGGCAACAAACCAAGAGGAGGAGAACUACAUUCUCUCUCUGUUGAUCAGCUCUAUGACCUUCGACGCGACCGGGUUAUCGAGUCCCUUCCUGAUAUCAGGGCUGAAGAGAUCAAAGACAAGUCCCAGAGUGAUACUUUGGGCAAGUUCAUCGCGAUUGGCCAAAUAGCCUGGACCAUUGUGCAAAUCAUUGUUCGGGCUGUUAAAAGACUUCCCGUCUCUCCGCUCGAGGUCGCUGUAGUAGCUUUCGCAGCUUGUGCGGUCAUCGUAUACGCCUUGUAUAUGAAAAAGCCGCAGCGCGUCUCGACGCCUAUUGUUAUCUAUCAUUACAUUGGACAGAAAGAUACGCUUGGAGAGAUUCUCAAAGAGUGUCGCAAGAUGGCUCGGGAGAAGAAAGAUGGAGAGGCAGAGAAAGAGGCAGGGCAAGAGACUCAAGGUAAUUCACAUGGAUCACGAGCUAUUGCUCUCGAUCCCGAGAUACAAAGCCUUAUUACACGUCCCCAAAAAGCUGUCAAGGAGAGAUCUGACUGGGUUAUAUUGAUUAUAGUAUAG